AUGGAUUCUUUGUUCGGUACUGCGGGUGAUCGUCUCAGUCAUCCUAAGGAUCUUGAUAUCAUGUUUAAUGAAGGCAAAAUUGACGAUGAAAAUGACUUAAUUUUCACUCCAGCUUGCGAUAUUUUUGUUCGUGUUAAAUGGCAUCAUGAUUCAAAACUUCCUUAUGGUUAUGAUAAUGAAGGUGUAUGUUGCAUCAAUGGUUAUGAAAUGAAACAAAAACUGUGUGUAGAUACACAAGAUGGUUCACUACUAUCACAGAUGCUGUCAAUUUUAUCUGUUAAACAAGAAGUAAAUGUAGAAACAGUAGCCAUUCAACGAAAAACACUAUUUAAUAAACGUUGUUUAUCGGAAGAUUUUGGAAAACAGUUUGGUGAAGCAUUAGAUGCAACGAUAUCAUCACGUUCACCUUCAAAAUCCCAUUUUCUUCACCUGUACAAUCGAUUUAAAAACGAGAUUAAUAAAGUAUGCCGUGAAAAUAAAUCAUGGGAUUAUUAUUGGCCUUUGAUUUAUAUUGAAAUACCCUUUAUGUACUCUGCUCCAUGUUACGGUAUUCGAAUGAGAAGAGACUAUCGAGAUCAAGUAUGUUCAUUGAUUGAUUUCUAUCAAAAAUAUAAACAUUUAGUUAAUGCAGAUCUAGCGAAACGAUUAUUUGAAAAGUUAUUAUAUACGAUCUUGAGUUAUGAGAAUGAUAUUGUUCUCGGAUUAAAAUUGAACUUUUGGCCCAAAAAUGUUCAACCCUUUUUAAAACGUUUACAAACGACAAAACCGGAUAUUUAUGAAGCAAUAAAGACUAUUCAUAUGCAUCUUGCACCCAAGUGUUUACCUCACACAGCGCUUGAAAAUCAAGCCUUUGAGUUUCGAUAUAGUUUUUCGGCUAUCGAACAAAAAUUGGCAGAGUUACGAACGUCAACUGGAAGAAAAUUGUAUGUAAUCGCACGGAAUAUUUAUUAUAAACAUUUGCAUGAAGUAACAAAAACAUUAUCAUCUUGUUGUAUUAAAACAAGUGUAUUAUGGAUGGAUGAAACAAUCAAUGAAUUGGAAGAAAAUACUGAAAUAUUGGCGAUACAAUGGAGCUCUUAUUUUUCUACACUACUGCUUACAGGUCAGUGUCCGCAUUAUUUUAUGAACAACGUUAACCUUUUUGAAUCUGUAUCCGUAGAAGAUCGAGAAAAACUAUUAAAUAUUAUUGAAACAAAUGUCGUACCGUCUGAAAUUGAUUAUUAUACAAUCAAUCCAUUAGGAAAAAAUAUGAGCGAUACCAACGAUGAAUACUUGAAAGCAGCUAAUGUUUAUUCUACAAAUAAUAUUAAUAAAGAUUUUCUUCACGAUAUUAUUCAUGCUGUACAGGAUUGGGAUACAUUGCUAUCUCAAUACUUUGCAUCCACACAAUCGACUUGCCAUCUUGAUCAUUUAUUAUUAGUAUUAUUUGUAUUUAAAGUGAUAGAUGGGGAUGGUAAUCAGAAAAAUUUAGAAAAAUGGAAAAAUCAUUUUUUGGAUGAUAAUGCUAUCAACGAGCCAGGCCGUACAACGACCACAGUAGAAAGUAUUGUUUGGGAAGCUGAACACAAUUUGCAUCCCGCUGUUUAUACACGUUGCUUUAUUAUGUUCGUAGUUAUAUUUCCACUGAUUAAUAAUAUUAUGACAAAACAAGAGUUAACCGAACAAAUAGAUAACAUUAAUUUAAAUAUUCCAUUGAGACUUUUGAAUGUAAUUAUUUCGAGAUCAAGCCUGUUCGAGAUGAAAACACGUAAGCUUUAUAGAUAUACAUAUCUACUGAUUAUUAGAACAAAGAAGGUACUUAGAUAUUUUUGAAUAAAUUUUGAGUGAGAAAUGCUAGAAAGGAGGAGGGCGGAUAAGGUAGGUUUCCCGCACCCAAUGGAAUUGCAUUUUUUCUGUCAGAAACAUGUCAGGGGAUUAUUUGAAACAUUUUGUACCACUUAGUUUUUCAAAAUUUUUUUGGAAGGUUUUUGACGCCUUUGGUCCCCCAAAGGAUUUUAGGAAAACUUUUUUUCUCACAUUUCUGUAAUAAUACAUGGACUAGACGUAGAAUUUCAUGCUGAUUGCGAAUAUCGCCUUUAAAAUAAAAAAAAAUUGAGUUUUCGUGACGAAAAAUUUUUACUGCAUUUGCGUUACGAAAAUGAGAUGGUGGUACGCAAAUGCAGUAAAAAAUUUUCGUCACGAAAA